AGAGGAUGAUUGGAAGGAGUUUGAGCAAAAAGAAGAAAUUGAUUAUAGUGGUCUUAGAGUUCAGUCCAUGCAAAUAAGUGAAAAAGAUGAUGAUGAAAGUGAAAAAAGAGAAGAACCUGGUGACAACUGGGAGGAGACUGGUGGUGGUGUAGACAGAUCAUCUGGGCCUUGGAACAAGUCAGCUCCUGCACCAGCACCUGUUGUUGAACCAAUUGUUACAGAAACCCCAGAACCGGUUCAGACUGGUGGUGUAUACAGGCCGCCUGGUGCCAGGGAGGGCGGCAGGCCACGGAGAGCGCAGCAAGGACCACCAGAAAUCUAUAGCGAUACGCAGUUUCCAUCACUGCAGUCCACCGCCAAGCUUGUAGACAGUCGGAAGGAUAAAGAAAUGGAGAAGAGCUUUGAAGUAGUAAAACACAAAACUAGAGGUAGGGAUGAGGUCUCAAAAAACCAGGCACUUAAACUUCAGCUAGACAACCAGUAUGCUGUGCUUGGGGAUCAGUAGAGCUGCAUACACAUUACAAUUAAGGAAUGCUUUUUUGGUAACCCUUCUACUAAGGUAACUAAACUACAGCUAACGGCUAUGAUGAACAUGCCACCUUAUUUCUGCUGGAUCUGCUGCAGCAAGUGCAGACUACUUUGACGUAAGUGAUUGGUUCUCCUGCACUAUGGAAGCAUAAUAUGUUUCAACUUCUCCAUUGGAUAUGGGGCAAAUUAAUGUAAAUGGUUGAACGAGAGUCAUCAGUGUUCUUUAAUUGCUCAGAAAGAUACCUACAGCCAGUGGUCAUUUCAAAAUCUUUUUAUGUUCAGAUACUGAGCCUUCGUAAAGGUUGACUACCUCAGACUUGCUGCACUCAUUGUGGACACCAUGUGGAUCACAACUUCUGGAAGAGAAGGUUACAGCUGUUUUAGUGGCCAUCUGAAACUUGAAACCAGCUCUACUGGAUUCCUCUCAGAAAUCCUGCAGAAGUCAGCCAUUUGGUUCCAAUUUGCUAUAACAAAGAUUUAAGUGACCUUAAUGACAAACCUGUUCUGUUCCCCUUCUGAGGAAUCCUGUCAUGUGUAGCCAUAGCCUACUAGAGACUUCCGGAGCGUACCGUACCACUCGUACUACCCAAGUAUAACGGAGCUGUAGUUUGUUUACCUUUUUAGAUAGCUGUACUGAAGUAACUGCAAAACAAAUUAAAACUCAAUCGGUGUCGGAUUCGAGGAGUGAUGGGUUUGAAUGGUCUGUUUGCCAUUUUCACAGUUACCUGUUUAAGCUUUUUUUUUUUUCUAUUUUCCCCCCAAAAAUGCCUGCCUUGUUUCUGGUAUCAAAUUGCAGUAUAUUUAAAUAAUGAUGCGAUGUUGUGGUGAAAUAGGAUUUAUUUUGGUUUUGGUCAUGAGGUUUGUCUUUCCCAUCCUAAAGCAGGAAGACUUAAAAGAGUUUUGAUUUGACACAGAGGUAUCCAGACUCCAACUACUGUCUUCAGAAUUUGUCUUU